AUGAAUUUAGCCCAAACACUCGUAAGGAAGCUGCCAACAACAAUAAGAUAUCCAAGCACGAUAUCCAAAAUCUCAAUUUGCCAAAAAAGCACUACCCAGGCAGCCUCAUCGUCUUCAAGUAGCAGCAGUAGCUCAGACAGCGACGACGAAAUUAAAAAGAAGAAGUUGAGCAGCAAUGAAGCAGCUGCAAGGCUCAACACUUUGCUGCAAGAAAUGGUAACAACUAGCAAUAAGUCUUUCAGCGAGCUUAAACUGGCUAAGCCUAAAAAUAAGAGAGCAGAGGGUCGUAAGGAGAAGCAGAAGCAAACUGAGACUGUAGCAGAACCUGUAGAAAAACAAGUAGCAAAUGCAGUUAAAAACGUAGCUGAGUCUUUGGGAGGCGACAUCAAACAAACAGAGUCAGAGUUGCUCAUGAAACUAUCAAAUCCUGUUGAAAAUUCCAGUGUAUCAAAUACUAGUCUAAGUGAUAUACUUAAAGGAAUGAAAAUUGAGAGAGAAGUUAAGCCACCACAGCAAUCUAGAGCAGAACAAGUUAGAACUGCUUUGAAUAAAAUAAGCACUGGUUCUGGAGUAGUGCAAAGACGAGGUGAUAAUCAGAAUCAGAGACGCUCCAGACAGCCUAGAAUGCCAAUGAAUGUUGCUGAAGGCCAAGAACCCCAAAAUGUUGAUUUGUUCAGUGGUGAAGCCUUGGGAAUCUUUACCAAUCCAUCUGACCUUAAAGAAAGUCCACAAAUUCCCACAUGGCAAAAGCUCUAUGAAAAAGAGUUGAAAUUGGCUGUUACGCAUCCUCCAGCAAAUUACUUCCAGCAAGUGAUUUUGUGGACUGAGCAAGGCAAAUUCUGGCAGUUCCCCAUCAAUAACGAGUUUGGUCUAGAAGAAGAAAGCAAAGUUUACUUUGCUGACCAUAUCUUUCUUGAAGAACACCUCGAGCCAUGGUGCCCCCCUAGAGGUCCCAUUAGACAUUUCAUGGAGCUGGUUUGUGUGGGGCUCUCCAAAAAUAACUAUUUGACUGUCCAAGCCAAGAAAGAACACAUCGAAUGGUUUAAAAAUUAUUUCGAAGAGAAAAAGCAGCUGUUGCAGGAAGUGGGUGCUUUGGGUGACCAAGUCAAACAAAAAAGUAUUGAUAAAGAAUGA